CAACCGUUGAGAUUAUUUUGUACGCUCCCUCGGAAGGUUAGAUCCCGAUGAUUAAAUCGAGCCAAACCUCGUAAACACGCGACACGACACGGGGCGGUAGCGGCUCCCUGUAGGAUUUUCACGUUUUUACGUAAGAUGGAGGAGAUCGACAAUAUAAUAAUUCACUCGUUGCGACAAAUAGGCUGUGACAUCGACGAGAGCGUGACGAAUCUAAGUGGCUUCAACACCGAGCUAGUCGUUGAGGCAACAGUAAGAUGCCUGGAAACAAUACGACCAGGUCUGGGAUUAUCCACCGUAUUACCCGUGAACAUGGCAGCACGCUUUCGACUGGGUGCUACUCUUGCACAAACGUGCACGGAACUCGGAUACCGAGGUGACAUUGGUUACCAAACGUUUUUGUACAAUUCAGAGGCAGAUCUGAGGCGAGUGUUCAUGUUUCUCAUUGAAAAACUGCCAAAGGAGAGCGAGAAGACCGUGAACGAGUCUGUCAGUAAGGUUGCGCUGUUGGAGAAGUCGGUGGCGUCAGCGAUAUCGCACGCACUGUCGAUACCAUGGCUGCCGCACUAUUGUCACAAGAGGGGAGUCAGGAACCGCGGGAGAGCGAGCACCCCUUACGCGUCUGUAAAUAUCGAAGUACCGGUAGCGAAUGCGGGGGAUGAUCACAAAGACUACUACACGCGCUAUUUACAACCAGUGCCUCAUCAAAUGCAGAAUAUCUCGUGUUUUUUACCUUCCCUGAUAUCGUACAACGCGAGAACGCUCGGUACUCCUUCAAUGGACCUCGUGGAGCGCGUAAAUUGGCUCAAUAGCCAGCAGCAGCAAUCGGAGAAAGCUUACUCCAAUGCGCAUAAUAUUGUCAACGAGUUUAACAAGUUCUCGUCGGAGAACAAGGCGCGAAGUGCAACAGAAUCUCAGAUGAAGUCAGAAUCCACGACGCAUUCAGUGCUUCCAAAUCAAGAGACGUUAAAAACAGAAGCGAGACAAGAGAUUGAGCUGGAAAACAUGAGGAAGGAGUGCGAGGAUCUCAGAAUAGACAUGGACGAGUUGCAAAAUGAGAUAAAGAAGUUAAUUAGCAGAUUAGCGCAGGCGACAGUCGCCGCUCAAAACGACGAGAAGGAACUGAGGAUCAGCGAGGAACAGAAGAAACUCAAGGCGAGGGCGUUCGAGCUGCUCCAAGAUGGGCCGGAGAAUGUGAAGAAGCUGGAGUCGGCGAUCGAGGCUAGCACAAAUAAAUUGAUCAGCCUGGCGAAUCAAUGGGAGAAGCACAGAGUGCCUCUGAUUAUGAAAUACAGACAGGAGAGAGAGAAAUAUUCCACGAAAGCUAAUGCAAGCCAGAAGAAGCUAGACGAGAUAAAAUUGUUGAAAGAAAAGGAGAGGGAACUUCAAGAAGAGUGUAGGAUUAAGGAUCAACAAUAUUCGCAAUUGAUCGCAGAGGUGCAGAAGCUUCCGAAAGAGGUGAACCGGUCCGCGUACACUCAACGAAUCCUAGAAAUAAUAAACAACGUUCGAAAACAGAGAGACGAGAUAAGCAAAGUUCUGGCCGAUACCCGCGAGAUUCAGAAAGAGAUUAACACGCUCACCGGCAGGCUGGAGAGAUCAUUCACUGUCGUGGACGAGCUGAUAUUUCGCGACGCGAGAACGAACGAGGCUUCGAGAAAAGCGUACAAGUUCCUGGCGACGUUGCAUUCGGACUGCAGCGAGCUCGUGAAUCUCGUGGAGGAGACCGGAGCGACGAUACGAGAAAUCCGGGACUUGGAAGAACAGAUCGACUCCGAAUCCGCCAAGAACGUGGGCGCCAAUCUGGAGAGGAUAACUGCCGAUUUGAAACAGAUGAAGCAGGAGAGCGCCGCGUUAACGGCGCAGUUGCAGAACAAAGCCUCGUGAUCGUUGCGUGUGGCGUGGCACCAUUUUACGAGUCAUAAUGUCCAGGACCAGUUGGGAAUUUAGUAACACAAGACGAACGCGAAUCGAAGACCAAAUGUUAUUUAGCUGCGCCGUUGGCGAGAUGUAACUUCGGGACUUCCGUCUUCGCGAGUCCACCGAGCUGGUUGCUAUGGAGACGUGCCUUGGCCCUGGAGUCGGGCCAAGCAUAUAAUAAAGAUACGUUGUCAACGUCAAUGCUCAAACGGACAUCAUUUAUUACACACACACACAGAGCCUAAUAAUUUUCUAGUACAUACGUCCAAGUUCGACUUUCGUAUCUCUCGCGUCUCGCGACGAUUCACCGAGCUACGUAAAAUAAAUGUUGAAAGCGUCAUUCUCCGCGAACAACCAACAUGUACAAAAUACAGGAUGUGUACCAGU